AAUCAGCAGCGUCUCGAACCAUACUGGGGAUUGUGACGAUAUAUUUACCACAAGAAACGUCGUGGAUUUUAUUGGUUUCAAAAGGAAGCUUCCUUUAAUGUCUGGACUAAUGUCACAAUUCUAAAAAAAGCCCGGAAUAUAAGGCUGCUGAUCGUUUGCUACACGCCAAGAAUCAAGUGCAAGCUGCUUUGUGCUAUGUUUCUCAGUGAAUAUUCACGGUGAGAGGACGGAGUCGACGACACAGAUGAAACGAGAGAUGGCUUCUCAUAAAAUACAUCUCCAAUGUCCCAUCGCAUCAAAUAACGUCUCUUUCCUCAGAAAGAUAAUCUGGACAUUUCUGAUUGCGUGUCUUCCAUCCUGUUCUGGCAAAAAUGAAGAUGAAGACUAUGAAGAUUUGAUACUUAACAAAACAUGGGUAUUGACCCCAAAAGUUUAUGAAAGCGAUGUUACUCUUAUUUUAAACAAUUUAUUGGAAGGGUAUGACAAUAAACUCAGGCCUGAUAUCGGAGUGAAGCCAACAAUAAUUGGUACUGACAUGUAUAUAAAUAGCAUUGGUCCAGUGAAUGCAAUCAAUAUGGAGUAUACCAUUGACAUAUUUUUUGCCCAAACAUGGUAUGAUAGACGUCUCAAAUUUAACAGCACUAUGAAAGUCCUCAGGCUCAACAGCAAUAUGGUUGGCAAAAUAUGGAUACCGGACACAUUCUUUAGAAAUUCCAAAAAGGCUGAUGCCCAUUGGAUAACAACUCCAAAUCGAAUGCUCAGGAUAUGGAAUGAUGGAAGAAUAUUAUACACACUAAGGUUGACAAUCGAUGCUGAAUGCCAGCUUCAACUGCAUAACUUCCCAAUGGAUGAGCACUCAUGUCCUUUGGUAUUCUCAAGCUAUGGCUAUCCCAAAGAUGAAAUAAUAUAUCAGUGGGCGAGAUACCAUUCUAUUAUCUUUGGAGAGCCACGCUUUUGGAGGCUGUAUCAAUUUGCAUUUCUUGGAUUGAGAAAUACAACAGACCUUGUAAGGACUACUUCUGGAGAUUACGUUGUAAUGUCAGUGUACUUCGAUCUCAGCAGACGAAUGGGCUACUUCACCAUUCAGACCUACAUCCCUUGCACAUUGACUGUUGUUUUAUCCUGGGUGUCAUUUUGGAUCAAUAAGGAUGCAGUACCAGCUAGAACAUCAUUAGGCAUCACAACCGUCCUGACUAUGACCACACUGAGCACGAUCGCUCGUAAAUCCCUGCCCAAGGUUUCAUAUGUGACCGCCAUGGACCUCUUUGUGUCUGUUUGCUUUAUCUUUGUGUUUGCUGCACUGAUUGAAUAUGGGACCUUGCACUAUUUUGUCAGUAACAGAAAGCCCAGUAAAGACAAGGACAAGAAGAAGAAGAAUCGACUUCUUCGGAUGUUUUCAUCAAAGGCACCUACUGUGGAUAUCCGUCCUGGAUCAUCUGCUGUCCAGAUGAAUAAUGCCUCACACCUGCAAGAGCGGGAUGAAGAGUAUGGAUACGAGUGUCUGGAUGGCAAAGACUGCACCAGUUUCUUUUGCUGUUUUGAUGAGUGCCGCACAGGAGCAUGGAGGCAGGGGAGGCUACACAUCCGUGUCACCAAAGUUGACUCAUAUGCCCGUAUCUUUUUCCCCACAGCAUUUGGUUUAUUUAACCUGGUCUACUGGGUAGGCUACCUUUAUCUGUAAAUAGAAUGAGCAGGCAGAAACAUAAGCAUUUUUCUGCUGUCGAUCAUUAAAGUCACAUAUAAAAAUAGUUAACUGGAAAAAUGUUGUAAAUUUUAAGCAUGUCUUACACAGAUUGGUGAUUGAAAAUUCAGUGCAUGUUUUAAUUUCUGGGCCAAAAUUGCUAUGGAUUUUUUAAAAAA